AUGGCGCCGCGCCCAUUCUCUUGGUGUGCCUGCGGCAACUGGACGUACAACUUCCGCCUGCUCCACAACGGCGGAUUCUGUGGCAAGUGCGGGGAGCAGGUCACACUCUUCAAGCCUGACGCUGCAGCGGCGAAAGGCAACGGCAAAGGUAAGAAAGGCAUUCACAGUUACAAGGGCGGCAAGGGCGAGGACAAGUCGGCGUGGCACUUCGGCAGUGGCAAAGGCACGCACCCCUGGUCCAAGGAGCCUGACAUCUCGCAGAUGCUCAGCAUCCUCUCGAAUGUCCCCGCCCUCGCUGAGCACGCCGACGUGUUCCGCCAGGCUGACAACUCCUUCAUGGCGAGCAAGGCAAAGCCGGUAUCGCCCAACCAGGAGGUCUACCGCUGCAGCCAGACCCUGGAGAAGAAGGAGAUGGCUCUUCAAAAGGCCUCUGCAGACGUCAUCAAGCUGGAGACGGCACUCCAGGAGGCCAAGCUGUGGCUCCACCAGACGGCGGAGGAGGCCCUCUCCGCGAAGCGGGCCCACACGCUGGCGGUCAAGGCCCUCGCCGACUCCACGGGCGCCGCCAAGACGCAGGACGGCUACACCGCGGACGGCAAGAAGAUCUACCUCGCGAUGGAUGAGUUCGACUUCGCUACCAGCGACGAGUUCGACGACGCGCAGAAGGCCCAGCUCAAGGCCAUCCAGAAGCAGGUGGAGGAGCACUGCAAGAAGGUGGAGGACCUCCAGAAGACCAUGCAGGAGGCGCUCAAGAGCGUCAAGGAGAUCCGAGCUGCCCCUGCGAAACGGCAGCGUGGUCAGGACGGUCCCGUCCCUGGUCCUGGCGCAGCAGAAGCUGAAGGCCCUGACGAAGACCAGGCACCUGCUGCGGAGGACGGCCCCACCAUCGCAGUCUCAGAGAGCGACAUCGCCGCCAAGAUCGCGAGCGCCAGGGAGGCCACGCUGGCCAGCAUGGGCGACUUCCCUCCCCUGGGCACUGGCAAUGGUGACACCCUUCAGCCGCCCCUCCCACCACACGGCCUCUCCUGCAUUCGUGCCCCCGUUCCAGAGAACUACGAUGCGACGUACUUCUUCUCGAACAUCUCGGAGUGGGGCCCGCAGGCGGAGGGAUUCAUGAAAGCCCAGGCGGAGCAGUACGAUGUCAUAGGAUUCGCGGAGAUGCACCUGCGAGGCGUGAAGGUCCUGGACUUCACAGAGAAGAUCAGCAAAGAUGGAUGGAAGGCCGCCGUCACUGCCGCAGCACCGUCGGGCAGAGCAGCUGAAGGCACGACGGGCGGCGAAGCCAUCAUAUCCAAGCGUUCACUGGCCACCACGACGUUCGAGGGGUGGCGCAAGCACGAGAUCGAACGGUCUGCAGUCGACCCCUUUCAAGGAUUUUGCCCCACGACGUGGCACACGAAGGCUGGCAACAUCGUCGUCAUCUCCGCGUGCAUGCAGCCGAAGCACGGCCUCAAGGGCCCCAACGAGAAGAUGAUGAUCAGACUCCAGGAGGAGCUACAGGACGCAUACGAGGAGCUCCACAACUGGCCGACCAUGCAGGACACACACAGCAACGACUCGGUCACCUUCGACAUACCGAUUGAGGUGUGGCGCUCGGCAGCCGCCACGGUGGCAGGACUGGGAGAGGACAAGGGCAAACACGUGAGGAAGGAGUCGAACGACGACCAGGACAACUACCCCUCCUCCCACUUCCUGCUGACCCGUGACGUUGAGGCGCAGAAGAAGGUUGCCAAGGCGUUCGGCGACUGGGUGCAGACAGUGGAGAAGGCCACGCUCAAGCACCACAACAUUCCCGAAUAUCAGCUAAUGAGGCGCAAGUUCGCAGAGCAGGACUACAAGCGCAUGGCAAUAAAAAUGCAGGAGCUGCUACACAUUGCCACCGAGAACAACUUCCUCGACAAGUACAACGACCCAGAGGACAAGAGGACCCUGGAGGAGUGGACCAAGGCCAUCACCGACUUAGACGGACAGAACAUCGACUCGCUGCAGGCCCUACUGGAGAUCGGCCUGAGGUUUCAAGCCCGUGCGGUGGGUACUGGACUCGCCAACGGCAGGCGGGCUUUUGCAAGCUGGGUCACACGCAUGUGGAAGCAGGCUCCAGGUGCGUUACACCGACAUGUGAAGCCAGCUACUACUCGACGGGACGAGCACUUCAGUCACGAGGGCAGCACCUAUGCCACACCGUGCGAGAUCAUGGAUCGCAGAGCUGACUUCUGGGAGAACAUCUGGUCCGACCCCAGCUCCGACCACAAGAGUAUCCUCGACGGCCUCAAGUAUGUCACGGAGCAAGCCAAGAGGGAGGACGUGCACCCGAUCGAGCUGGAGCACCUGGACCACCUGCUGGCGAAGCAGAACCCGAAGAAGGCCAGAGGAAUCGACAACCUCGGCCCGCUGGAGGUGCAACGACUCCCAGAGCCAGGACGUAGGCAGAUGGUGGAGGUCCUCAAUCUUUGCGAGAAUUACCUCAUGUGGCCCCAUCAGAUAUUCACGGUCAUAGGAAGAUGCUUGACGUCGGCGCUGGCCAUCGAGUACGGGGACGACGACCCUGCCAAGCGCAUCAGGCGUCAGCAGAUCGCAGCGUGGCUGACCAUGUGGCGCCAGUGCCCAGGCAUCCACGACAGGAUUCGGCAAUCCUGGGACAAGAUCCUCGACCGCAUACGAAAGGCUGGCCAACGCAAGUGGAGGAUCGUCCGUGGCCCAGUGGGGGCAACUAUUGCCACCCUCCUCGAGAUCAACUGGGACCCGAUCGCGGCGACCCAGUGGGACACGGACGCAGGUAAGAGCUGGCUCAUUCCUGCAAGAGAAGACGAGGACUUCAAGAAGUUGAAUGCGGACUACUCGGAGAUCUUCAACGACAUCAACAGCUCAGUGGACAGAGUUCUCUGGACUCGGGCUUCGAAGCACGAAGCAGGUGAUGACCUACACAGUGGAGGCGACUUCAGCACGAUCAAGCAGGAGAACCGCCGACUCGCCAGGAGGGAGCAGUAUAGCGAGAUCGCACUCAACACGGUGGUCACGACAGGUGGCCAGUGGACACGUACGCGAAUGUUGGCCGCAGGAUACGAGGUACCCCCCACAUGCCCGAGGUGUGGAGAACAGGACGAGUCGCUUUUCCACAGAAUAUGGACAUGUGCGGCCAACUGCAACCACGACGACUACACGGACAGCGAAUUCCUCACCGCACAGGCGUUCGCCAACUACGAGGCCUCUCCGUCCCUCUGGCUUCGAGGCGUCCCUGCGGCUGCCGACACCAUACCAGUCUUCGACGAGACCCCACCCAUCACGAACAGUUUCGGAGAUCG